AUGGAACAAUUGCGCCGACAGAUGCGUGAGUUGCAGCGCAAGAUGGAGGCACGCGACGAGUCACCGGAGCCUCGGGACGCCCUGGCCACGCCUUUCACGAGGAACAUCAUAGCCGAGCCCCUGCCUCGGGAUUUCCGAUUCCCGUCCAUCAAACCCUACACGGGGGCGACGGACCCGCGAGACCAUCUCAACAGGUACAAGGCAGUCAUGAUGAUGACAGGCACCCAAGAUUGGUUCGGGUCUUUGCUGGGGGACUCCAUCCCCACUUUUGCUGUCCUGGCCAAGAAGUUCAUGUCACACUUCGUGGGCAGCAUACAACGGAGGAAGCAGUUCGCCGACUUGUGUUACCUGAAGCAACACAAGUCAGAGUCCUUGGCGGAGUACCUGAGUAAAUGGAAGAAGGAGGCCAUGGGGGUGACGAAUUUUGACGAAAGAUCCGCUAUCCCGUUUUUUACCAACAACCUCAGGUCGGGUCCUUUCCACAGCGACCUUGUCCGGAAUGAGCCAAAUACGUACACAGAAUUGAUGGACCGCGCCGCGCGGUAUGCCAAUGUCGAGGCAGCAGAGAAGAGGAAGAAGGAGGAGGAGGAAGGCCGAAGUCGGGGCGACAAGGCAACUCAACCUCAAGAGGACCGCUGCCCACCCCGGUCACGCCGUGAUCGGGGUCCCCGACUAGCCCCGCUACGACACCUGACCCCGCUGACACAACCUGUGAGCCUCACUCUGGACCACGCGGAGGAAAUGAGCAUCGUGUCGUUCCCCGAGGAGUGCUUAAAGAUCUCCCCCAAGUCCGACCCGAAGAAGUACUGCCGCUUCCAUCGGCAGCGUGGGCAUGACAACGACGAAUGUAUGGUCCUCAAGAGGCAGAUCGAGGAGCUCAUCCAACGGGGAUACCUGGGGCAGUAUGUGAAGAGAUCCGGGCAGGACCACGCUAAAGGCCCCGACAACACUCGGAAGAAGAAGGAUGGCGUUGGGCCAUCCGCCUCUGCCCAGCGCAAGAGGGAGCUCGGCCAACUCACGGAGGACGAGGAGACCGAGCCAGACAACCCACCAAAGAAGAAAGUCAUCCACGUCAUCUUUGGCGGCCCAGAGGGAGGAAACACGCCCGCCGAGAGGAAGAGGUGGGCGCGGAGCCUGUACGUAGGGGAGGUCGUCGGAGCACCCCAUGAGAAGAGGACACGCAGGGAGCUUAUAACUUUCACCGACGAUGACCUCCCGGAUGGCCCCUUACCCCACCGAGACGCAUUGGUAAUCAGGUUGGAACUUAAAGACAUCAUUGUCCACCGGGUACUAGUGGAUACGGGGAGCUCCGUGAACGUCAUGUAUUAUGACACCUUCACGCAACUCGGACUAUCCAGGAAGCAGCUCUCCCAAGUACGAACCCCGCUAUCCGGCUUCACCGGAGACUCCAUUGAGACAGAGGGCUCCAUCACCCUCGAGGUGCAGAUCAGCACCCCACCGCACAUCAAGACGUGGGAGGUAGAGUUCGUGGUGGUAAAGAUCAGUUGCGCCCACAACAUCAUCCUCGGCAGACCUGUCUUGGAGGACGCCAGGUGCGUCAUCUCCAUGGAGCACCUUUGCCUCAAGUUCCCUACCCCCACUGGAGUGGGCGUUGCGCGAGGAGACCAGAAGAUUAGUCAGAGCUGUUACUUGAAGGCCUGCCGCCAAAUAACGAAGAAGGACCUCCAGGUACACACAGUAAUCGAGAGGGCACUUCGAGAGGAGGAGAAGCGACCCCGCGCCGAACCCGUGGUGGACACGGAAGAGGUCAUCCUAGACCUCAGCCGACCUGACAGAAUGGUGAAGGUGGGCACAGUCCUCCCGGCCGACCUCCGAGGUCGGAUUGUCGAGGUCAUCUGCAGCUACAAAGACGUGUUCGCCUGGGGUCCCGAAGACAUGUCGGGCCUCAGCCGGGAGGUCAUCACAGACAAACUGGCGGUAGACCCCAAAGCCAAGCCUGUCCAACAGCGGAAGCGCUACCUCGCCGCAAAUAGACGAGAAUUUGUGAAGAAGGAAGUCGACACCCUCCUCGAAAUCGGGCACAUCAGGGAGGUCAUAUACCCGACAUGGCUUGAGAACAUUGUACUCGCACCUAAACCACCCACGUGGAGGAUGUGUGUGGACUACACGGACCUCAACAAGGCAUGCCCCAUGGACCCCUUUCCGUUGCCCAACAUAGACUACCUGGUGGACGAAACGGCGGGAUGCGCACUCAUGAGCUUCCUAGACGCCUUCCGGGGGUACCACCAAAUUUUCAUGCACGAGGAUGACGAAGAAAAGACGGCGUUCACCACACCCUAG